AUGUUUGAUAGUAAAGUAAAGGAUAUUGUCCAUAUUGUUGUAAUAUUUAGACGUACGCAGUCUUCACAUUUAAGUUUAGUUACACCCCCUGCAAAGACACCCCCUGUAAAGACGUCAGGAACCACUCUAACCGAAGACACCCACUAUGAAGACACACCCAUUGUGAAGACGUCAGGAGCCACUUUGCCCGGAGACACCCCUUGUGAAGACGUCAGGAGCCACUCUGUCCAAAGACACCCCUUACGUCAGGAGCCACUCUGUCUGGAGACACCCACUGUGAAGACGUCAGAAGCCACUUUGCCCGGAGACACCCCUUGUGAAGACACACCCACUGUGAAAACGCCAGGAGCCACUCUGCUCGAAGACACCCCCUGUGAAGACACACCCCCUGUGAAGACGUCAGAAGCCACUUUGCCCGGAGACACCCCUUGCCCGAAGACACCCCCUGUGAGAACGCCAGGAGCCACUCUGCUCGAAGACACCCACUGUGAAGACGAACUACUCUGUCUGGAGACACCCACUGUGAAGACGUCAGAAGCCACUUUGCCCGGAGACACCCCUUGUGAAGACGAGCCAGUCUUCCCGAAGACACCCCUUGUGAAGCCGUCAGCAAACACUCUGUCUGAAGACAUCCACUGUGAAAACGUCAGGAACCACUUUACCCGAAGAUACCCCCCUGUGAAGACGUCAGGAACCACUCUGCCCGAUGACAACCCCUGUGAAGACACACCCCCUGUGAAGACCCCAAAGACACCCCCUGUGAAGACGUCAGGAAUCACUCUGCCCAAAAACACCCAUUAUAAAGACGUCAGGAAACACUCUGCCCGAAGACACCCCCCUGUGAAGACGUCGGAAAUCACUCUGCCCAAAGACACCCCCUACACCCCCUGUGAAGACGUCAGAAAUCACUGCCCGGAGACACCCCCUGUGAAGACGGCAGCAAUCACUCUGGCCGAAGACACCCGCUGUGAAAACGUCAGGAGCCACUCUGCCCGGAGAAACCCCUGUCACAUCCCCUUUGAAGACGUCAGGAACCAAUCUGCUCGAAGACAUUGUAAAGACGUCACUCUGCCCGGAGAAUCCCCUGUGAAGACGUUAGGAGUCACAUCACUUUUCAAGACGUCAGGAACCAAUCUGCCCGAAGACAUCCCUUGUAAAGACGAGCCACUCUGCCCGGAGAAUCCCUGUGAAGAACCGAUUCUGCCCGAAGACACUAUACCCGCUGAGAAAACGUCAGGAGCCACUCUGCCCGGAGAAACCCCUGUCACAUCCCGUUUGAAGACGUCAGGAACCAAUCUGCCCGAAGACACUACACCCACUGUGAAAACGUCAGAAGAGGCCUCUCUGACGGAAGACACCCCCUGUGAAGACACACCCCCUGUGAAAACGUCAGGAGCCACUCUUCCCGAAGAAACCCCUGUGAAGACGUCAGCAAUCAUUCUGCCCAAAGACACCCAUUGUAAAGACGUAAGGAAUCCCUCUGCCCGAAGACAUCCCCUACGUCAGCAAUCACUCUGCCCGGAGACACCCAUUGUAAAGACGUCAGGAAUCACUCUGCCGAAGACAUCCCCUGUAAAGACGUUAGGAAUCACUCUGCCCGAAGACAUCCUCUGUGAAGACACCCCUACACCCCCUGUGAAGACGUCAGGAACCACUCUGCCAGAAGACAUCCCCUGUGAAGACACGUCAGGAAUCACUGCCCGGAGACACCCACUGUGGAGACGUCAGCAAUCAUUCUGCCCGGAGACACCCACUGUAAAGACGUCAGGAGCCACUCUGCCCGGAGAAACCCCUGUGAAGACGUCAGGAAUCACUCUGCCGAAGACAUCCCCUGUAAAGACGUUAAGAAUCACUCUGCCCGAAGACAUCCUCUGUGAAGACACCCCUGUGAAGACGUCAGGAAUCAGUCUGCCCGAUGACACCCACUGUGAAGACACACCCACUGUGAAGACAUCAGGAGUCACUCUGCCCUAUGAAGACACACCCACUGUGAAGACAUCAGGAGUCACUCUGCCCUAUGAAGACGUCAGGAACUAUUCUGCCUUACGCCAGGAAUCACUAUGCCCGGAGACACCCCUUGUGAAGACAUCAGGAACCACGCUGCCCGAAGACACCCCCUGUGAUGACGUCAGGAAUCACUGCCCGGAGACACCCACUGUGGAGACGUCAGCAGAGUCCAACUGUGAAGACGUCAGGAACCUUUCUGCCCCCUGUGAGGACGUCAGGAACCAAUCUGCCCGACGACACCCACUACGUCAGGAAUCACUAUACCCGGAGACACCCCUUGUGAAGACAUCAGGAACCACGCUGCCCGAAGACACCUCCUGUGAAGACGUCAGGAAUCACUGCCCGGAGACACCCACUGUGGAGACGUCAGCAAUCAUUCUGCCCGGAGACACCCACUGUGAAGACGAAUCACUCUGCUCGGAGACACCCACUGUGAAGAUGUCAGAAGAGGCCCACUGUGAAGACGUUAGGAACCUCUGUGACGGAAGACACGCCCUGGAACCUUUCUGCCCCCUGUGA